AUGGUGGCUGCCCUGAACCAUUUCAUUCGACGUUUGGGCGAUUUUUGCCGUCCGUUUUUCCGAGCAAUCACUACUAGCCGACGCAAAUUUGUGUGGACCAAAGAGUGUGAGCAAGCUUUGCAAUCCUUAAUGCAAUACCUGUCCCACGCACCUUUGCUCGUCAAGCCCCUUCCCGACGAAGAUUUAUAUCUUUACCUUGCUGUUUCGGAUCAUGCUACCAACGCAGUGCUUGUUCGGACAGAGGGGAUGGAGCAUCAACCAAUCUUCUACUCAAGCAAAACGAUGAUGGAUUCUCAAAUGAGGUAUCUGCCCAUGGAGAAAUUGGCGUUGGCCCUCACAGACACGUCAAGCCGGAUCCUGAAAUUUUCUCAAGACUUGGCCAAUUUGGACAUUCAAUUUGAACCUCGGACCGCCAUCAAGGGUCAGGCCUUAGCUGACUUCUUUGCCGAACUCACUCUUGGAUUGCAAGACGAAGCCAAUGCCUUGGCCACCGCUGCGGAAGAAGCUCGGAUUCAGGAUGAAGAAGUUUUGGAAGAACCAUAUAGCCAUCCCGCGGAGCCCUUCCGCGCUCGGUACACCCUCGGACGAAAGAAAUCGAAGCGGCAAUGGAGGCUCUUCUCUGGCGACGCCUGGCGAAUGACCGUCGAUGGAGCCUUUAAUGUUCACGGGGCUGAUGCGGGCAUCGUCCUUGUGUCUCUGAGCGGGACUGUGCAUGAAAGCGUGGUUUCGAUUGGGUACCCGGCGACGAACAACGAAGUGGAAUAUGAAGCUCUGAUUGCGGGCCUCCAACUUGCUCUUCGGCUUGAUGCAGAUUCAGUUCACAUCUUCUGUGACUCUCAGCUUAUUGUGGGUCACUUAAACAACGAUUAUCAAGCCAAAGACCAGCGUAUGAAUGCUUACGUCAGCCACGUAUUGGCCCUGUUCCGAGGAUUUGGCCCAGUGGAAGUAGAAUGGAUUGCUCAGGAGCACAAUGCACAUGCUAACACCCUGGUAGGUCUUGCUUCGGUUUACAAGACCUCGGGCAGUCGUACUAUUACCUUUGAAGAAGUUGCAACACCGAGCUUCGAGCAGACGUGCCAACUAGUAAUGGCGAUUUCCCUCGGUCCAAGUCAACUAGAUCCAGUAAUUGAUUAUCUGAAAAACCAGGUGUUGCCACCGAACAAACGCGAAGCACACAAACUCCAUUGCCGAGUAGCCAAUUAUUUCCUGGAUCCAAGCGACAACCUUUACCGACGGACUUUCACUGGUCCGGAUUUGCGUGUCGUCCAUGAAGACCACGUGCCGAUUGUUCUGGAGGAACUUCACUUGGGUAGCAUUGGGGCGCAUUCCGAAGGACGAUCCCUUGCACAGCGUGCGCUGACGCAGGGCUAUUGGUGGCCGAAGAUGGUUAAACAGUCGGAGGAGUACGUGAAGCACUGUGUUCGGUGCCAGUAG